ACACUGCUGGACUUUCCCAGAGUCUCACUGAGUGGUGAGGACUUGUUUCAGGCUUGAAUGCGAGGAGUAUUGGGUUGGAGAAAUGUCAGGUGAUGUCGCACGCAGCGCUGUGAGAGAUCUGCAUAAUUAAAUCACAGCUUGUGUGUGUGUGUGUGUAGUAAAUAUCCUGAGCUCGUGCUUUCACUUCACAGCUUUGUGGUGCUGAAAGAAGUCCUGAGGAGGCGCAGAAGGCGGCGAGGCGAACAUCGAUGCAGAGGUUUUCAUUGCCACGUAGAUGACUUCAGUUUCUAAAUAGGACAGUGUAUGGAAGUUUAAUACACACUUUAAUAAAUACUUAAUAUCUCGUUUGUAUGAUGGAGCGCGUGCCAGAGCGCAAAGAAAUGGACAAGUGCCUGAAAAGUUUAAAGCAGGAACUGAUCUCCAUGAGGGAGGCAGGCGAUGGUCUCCAGACUCAGAUGAACUCUAUGAUGGGAGCUUUGCAGGAGCUGAAACUCCUUAAGGUACAGACUGCUCUGGAACAACUUCAGAUCUCCUGCAAAGCCAGUCAACUUUAUCAACCCUCUCCUCACAGACCCAAGACCUCAGAUCCAGCACUUACACAUCAUCUGGACCAUAUCUCAAGAGGAAGCAUGGAAAACGAUACACGGAUUUUAGAACAGCCAAAAAAACAUAUCUUUACAAGAGAAUUGAGUCUGUCUGACCUAGACAUGGAACCCUCCAAAUUCCUCACCAGCUCCCCAUUUGAGAAACAAAGUCCACACCAUCUGCCUAGAAGGCAAGAACCUAGAGGAACCCACCACAGAGGCAGUCUGUGCAAUUCUGCUUCUUUCUCCAGUUCUGAGGAUGACAGCUUCUCUUCCUGUGAUUCUCAAGACAGCAUCCCUUUAUACAAUGCUGCAAGCCUUUCAACCUCAAGAUCCCCUUUUGAGGAGCGUCAGCCUUCAUUCCAUUCAGCCACAAUGGCUGAGCUCCAAGGACUAAUGAACACACUUUCACGGGAAGGGCCCUCUAUCGACAGUGAUUUUUCUCAAUUCGACACAGAUGACUCCAGUGACUGGACGUCCUCUCUGAUGAAUCAAAGCCGAAACAGGCAGCCACUAGUGUUAGGAGACAAUGUCUUAGCUGAUUUAGUGGGUAACUGGUUGGAACUGCCCGAACUGGAAAGCCAAAUAUCUGGUGAGACAAAGAGUACAGGAAGGAUUGCUGAAGCAUCUCAGCAUCCACUACGACUCAGCUGCUCUCAGGAGUUCUGUAGACGACUUUCUCUAACCACCAACAUCUUCAAAAAGGUCUUGCGCAGCAUUCGACCUGGCCGGGAGAAACUUCUAAAGGAGAAACCAGGCUGGUUACACCUAGAAAACGAGGAGGAAACCAUCUUUAAAAGAGCAAAGAAAAACAGUAAAGGGUCCAAACUGAAAGAUAGUGUGUACAAACCCUUCUGGACAAGAACGGGUGGAUCAAGAGGGAAAAGCACACCAAAACCAGACAAUACAGAGAUCAAAAGUUCAAAAGGGCCAAAAUUUGAUUAUAGCUCUGCAGUCUGGGUUUAAGAGCAAUUCAUAUAAACACUGAUAAUCACAGGUGCAAAAACAGAGGACUUACUGAACAACAAAUACACGUGGAAUUACAGCAAAUUAGAACUAAAGUUAAGACAAUUCUCAGGACUUAUUCAAAAUUUAGAAGCCAAUAAUGAAGACAUGCCCAGUGUGCAACAGAGAGGGGUUUGUUUAACUCUCUUUCUGUCUCAUCAUCAACCUUGUUGUCCUGAAAGUAAAGGUAACCACUGGUUUUCAGAAAACGACAGAUCCACAAGGCUCCAGCUCAAGCAUGUAAUUACCAUUACUGUAAAUUCCUUUAACUGAAUCAUCCAUGUAGAUUAUAUACCUUGUCUUUGAGUAAGAAUAAUGCAUACAAUGGGCUCAACCUAGUACAUAACUGAAAAAUGCAAGUACAACACGACUUUUUUUGGUUAAGGUAAUUUUGGGGCAAAACAAGCUGUCUAUCCCUGAUGAGUCAAAUCAACUAGUCUCAAUCUGUACAUUGAUUGUCUGCCUAUUUAGAUAAAUCAAUAAGGUAGGAGUGUCCAGGUGUCAGUCAAAAUCAAGUGCUGAAUACCCCAGAAAAAAUAAAGUAUCUAAAUACCUUUGUACUUCUCAUAUAAGAAACCAAAAUGUUCUCAUACAGAACUGUAACAAUAGAAUAAAUUAUGAAAUGUUUGUAACAUAUGAACAUGUUGAUGUUCUAUAAUGCUUUUUCACUGAUGAUGUUCCAUAUACUUUAUGUUCUUCUUUUCUUAAAAAUGUAUGCCAAACAUAAUUCCUAUAUGAGCACACUGACCCAAUUAAUAUGCACAAUUAUUGGAAGACAGCACAGAUAUGAUCAACUGAUCAAUUGAAAUAAGGUUAUAUAUCAGGUCGAAUAUUCACUCAGAACUAAGUAAUGUUUAUUUGAACAUCUGAAAUCCAUUCACUCUUUGGGAAUGUCCAAGCUUUAGUAUGAACAUGAAAAUGCUUGCCAUUAAAUCUUGAGUGUUUUUUUUCCUAUAAGUAUUUUAUAUAAUGGCCAAGGAGCUUCUUUUUCAAAUCUUCUUCUUCAAAUCAGUUCAUGCUACUAUUGAUAAUAUAAUCACUCUUCAUUAAAAGUGUUCUAUGCAAA